GCGGAAGCCAAUGGCGGCGCCCAUCAGAGACCAGAAGCCCAGUGUGAGAGAGCAGCGAGUCCUCGCUCCGUGUUCAGACGCACCUUCCAAAGCAUGAAGUGAGCCCCGAUCAUGUCUCGUUCCGCGUCUUCCGUCUUUCAGUCGCUGCAGGGGUUCUUUGCGGUUUAUAAACCCCCUGGAGUCCAUUGGAAGCUGGUGCGCGACAACGUGGAAACAAAUUUACUGAAAGAGCUGAACUCUCUGGAAACCCCUCCACCUCGUCAGCUGAUCCGCUUCCAGCCGGUAGCCGCAGAGGGCACAGAUGGCGUCGAAUUAACCAGAGUGGCCACCGCCGUUCCGGCUUUGGCUGAUGUACUGGUUAAAGGGGCGCCGUACACCAGUCUGAAGAUCGGAGCCGGGCACAGGCUGGACGCUCGAUCGUCUGGGGUCUUCGUAUUGGGAAUCGGACGCGGGAACCGGCUUCUGACGGAUAUGUACAACAGCCACUGUACCAGGGAUUACACCGUGUGCGGGUCUUUCGGGACAGCCACAGACGACUUCUCGGACACGGGGAGAAUAAUUGAGAAGACUACGUAUGGUCACGUCACACGAGACAAGUUGGAGAGGAUUCUGGCUGUGAUUCAGGGCAGUAACCGAAAAGCGUUGCUAACGCACUCUCACAUAGACCUAAAGAGCCAGGAGGCUUACGAACUUGCCGUAGCAGGUCAGCUGCGGCCCAUGGUGAAAUCUCCCCCCAUUAUCCUGGGGAUGCGCUGUUUGGAUUUCUCGCCACCAGACUUCACAUUAGAGAUACAAUGCAUGCAUGAGACUCAGCAGUACCUGCGCAAGGUCAUCCACGAGAUUGGGCUGGAGCUCCGCUCGUCAGCGGUAUGCACUAAAGUGCGCCGCACCCGGGACGGCUCCUUUACUGUUGACUGCGCCUUGCUCCAUACGCACUGGGACCUGUACAGUAUCCGCCAAGCAGUAAAGGAGAGCAGGGGCCGAGCCGCGGACCUGAUCAGGAGAAAGAUUGAAAACCUGGAUAGGCUGCAACCCGCGGAGAGAGAUACCGAGUCCCCCAGUAACGAGGACGGUGAGGAACUAAGGAUGUAAUUAUUCUGCUCUUCCCCUCGAGCGGUGGGAACGCAGAACCAGAUGUCAUCACAGAAUCCUCCAUUCAUUCAUCGAUGUCAGAGGAGAACUUCGGCAAAUCUUGUCCAAAACUAUAUAUUUUUUUUCCUAUAUUUUUAGGUUCUCUUUUGAAACACAAGCCAAAAAAACA